UUCCUCAAUGUCUGACAGAGCCAAUGGCAGACGGCCCUGAGAGGAACUCAGCACUGGCCAUAGCCAGUCCCAUCAACAGUGGUGGAAACACCUCUGUGAUAACGUAUUAAAGGAGGUAUUGAGCAGAUGUAACAGCAGCUACAGAAGAGCAGGGAGAGAAUAUGUGAGAGGAACAACUCUGCAGUCACCAAGGUCACUGGAGAAGGAGGGGGAAGAGGCACUCCAGGCUCCAGACCUCAGAUUCCCCUCCAACACAUGGUGCAGACCAUGGUGGGCAGCUUGCAGUCAUUCUGCCACAAGUUACAAUGACUGAAGAUUGAGCAAAAUCUGUGAAAUUUGCUGGUCAACAUGGUAAGGACAGCAGAACAGAACAGCAUUUUACUCAGUUGAUAAGGUCAGUAGAACAGAACAACAUUUGCUCUUAUCAAGGUCAGUAAAACACAACAGCACAACUUUGGAGAAAUAAAUAAAGGAUGUAACCCAGGCAAACAGAAGUCAUGAAAAACACAAGCAGGAUGCCAGCUCAGCUCUACAAGGCUGGCAAAGUAGAAGUUGUGCAAAACAAUGAUAUUGCACUCACUCAGAAGCAGAGGUCAAGGAACAGCCACAUAGAAAAGACACUGGACACUGAAGACAGACCCCAAAGAAUCAGAUAAAGACUUCCACAAAGGGGUGUGAUUGUGUCACAUAAAGUCAAGCUGUGUAAGGUUCAAGACCUGAAAAAAUGGCAUUGGCAGCAAUUGAUCCACAGCAGAACAUUGUAUCGAGGGUUGCCAACCUUCCUUUGGUGAGCUCCACCUAUGAUAUGGUGUCCACAGCUUACAUCACCACAAAGGAUAACUAUCCUUAUCUGAAGUCAGUAUGUGAGAUAGCAGAGAAAGGAGUGAAGACGAUUACUUCAGUAGCCAUGACAAGUGCUAUGCCUAUCAUUCAGAAACUGGAACCACAAAUUGUAGUUGCCAACAACUAUGCCUGUAUAGGUCUAGACAAAAUUGAAGAGAGACUGCCUAUACUGAAUCAACCCACCGACAAGGUUGUUGCCAAUGCCAAGGAUGUAGUUGUUGGAGCCAGAGAAGCUGUAACAACCACUGUGACUGGUGCCAAGGAAACUGUUGCUCACACAAUCACUGGAGUUGUGGGCAAGACCAAAGAAGCAGUGCAAGACAGUGUAGAAAUGACCAAGUCAGUUGUCAAUGGCAGCAUUAACACUGUCCUGGGAAGUCGUGUGGUGCAAAUGGUGAGCAGUGGUGUUGACAAUGCUCUCACAAAAUCAGAGACCCUUGUAGACCAGUAUCUUCCACUUACAGAAGCAGAACUAGACCUAGAGAAAGAAGCUGCAAAUGUUGAAGGCUUUGAAGUCGGAGUCCAAAAGCCAAGCUACUAUGUUAGACUAGGAUCCCUGUCUUCAAAGGUCCGCACACGUGCCUACCAACAAGCCUUAAACAAAGUUAGAGAUGCUAAACAGAAAAGCCAGGAGACAAUCUCUCAGCUCCACUACACUGUUAGUCUGAUCGAAUAUGCCAGAAAGAACGUGAAUAGUGCCAAUAAGAAACUUCUUGGUGCUCAGGAAAAGCUUUAUCAAUCCUGGAUAGAAUGGAAGAAAAAUACAGGCCAAAAUGAUGGUGAUGAUCUGCGUAGUGCUGAGCACAUUGAGUCAAGAACUUUAGCUAUUGCACGGAGCCUCACUCAGCAGCUUCAGACCACCUGCCUCACACUGGUCUCAAGCCUACAGGGGCUGCCACAGAAUGUACAGGAUCAGGUUUACAGUGUUGGGUCAAUGGCAGGUGAUGUCUACCAGAGCUUUCGGUCAGCAUCCUCUUUCCAAGAAUUAUCAGACAGCUUUAUUGCAGCUAGCAAAGGACAGCUGAAGAAAAUGAAGGAGUCUCUGGAUGAUGUGAUGGAUUAUCUUGUUAACAACACACCACUCAACUGGCUGGUUCCAGAUUUCGCUAUUACAGACCUGUCUUCAGAGUCAGAUGAUGUCCCAGACAUUUUGGAUUUGGAUGAAGAGGAUCAACAGGAUUUUUCACGCACAAAUGGUCCUUACACUACAGGGCAAAGAGCUGAAUAGAGAAGCAUGAAAAUGUCUUUUUGAUACCAUGUACCUUUGCCAUGUUUAAUUUAGAUUUCUCCUUUUUAAAGAUGAACCUGCCUAGUUUAGGGAUUAUGGGGAUACUUUUUUAAAAAUCAGUACUGUUUCACUUAGCUGCAUCAAAAAUCUGGGUUUUUCAAUGUAAGGAAUGCACGCUACAUUAAUUGGUUAUCACAGGUGUCAAGCUCCAGUUCUACAAGCCAGGUAUAGCCUAACCAGUAUAUCCAACUAAUCUGAUUUUUAUUGAUGAUUUGUUCUCCUGCUGGUAGCAGCCAUGAGAACACCCCAGUGCUUUGCAUACAGGGCUGCCAACAAGAGGAGUUGAUGAGGAUUUGCCCACUUUCAGUCUAUGUGAAAAACAGUGCUGCAUCUACCUCUUUGCUGCUGGAAGGGGUAAGAUUUGUCUGUCUCAGAUUUUCUCAGGUUCUUUUGUUAGGCUCUGCACCUACAGAGCUUAGACGCUUAGAGCUUUCCUUUGGCAAGAGUGCUUUAUGCACAAAAGGACUUCCUUUCUUUCCACAUGCCUUCUGUGUGCAGAUAUUAUGGCGGGCAUGAUGCUAUCAGUUGUGGCGCCUGAGACUAAAUGGAGUAAAUGCUUCAAUAUUAAAGUGUUUGGGGUAUAAGAAUAGCAUUUAAAUUAGAAAGGGGAAGAGACUGUAAAAAGAAAGGAAAACGGAGAGUAAAGAGAUAAAGACUUUGGACAAAAGAAAAUUUGAGGAAAAAAAAAGGGAAUUGAAUGUAAGGAGAGUUGUGGCAACAGUGAUUUUUUAAAAAAAAUUAAUAAAAUCUCAAUCAGUUAUUUGCUAAGGGCUGGUGAGUCUGCAUUUGCUCGCACACAGUACUUUUUCUAGGAGUUGGGAAGGGGGGGAGCGGGACUGGAGGCGGACUUGCUAACAUUUGUUCCGAGGAGCAGGCCGAGCCGCGGUGCAGCGAGCUCUCCGUGCGGUCGGUGUGCGGGCGGCGCGGGGCCGGCAGCCGCGGCCUGCUCCCGCCACACCGGGCCUGCUGGGCGCCCGCGGGCCUGCUCACUGAAAUGCCUUGCAAUAAAAGUGUGAACCGCACAGCA